UAAAACAUUCCACUAUACUAUGGUCGUGGGUGUGAACUGGCUGGACCGUACUUACUGCUGGUUCUAGCUAAAGCAGAGGCAGUGUGGGGCUAUAUAAUGAGUGGAGUUGAGGCAACUUCAGAAUACCUCCCUGUCAUUAAAACAAAAUUGGAUACUGCCAUCCCUGGAUUAAGCGAGUCUUUAAUCUACUACGGAAGUGCUGUUUUUGAAGGUGUCUGCUCGCUUGCAUCUUCCGUUGGAAAUACUGCUAGACCCUACUUGUUAAAUUUUCAAGAAUUAAUGAUGUCACGAGUAUUUGUAGGCCCCUUAUCCCCAGAAAAUCUAUACCAGUAUGUUGUUGGAGCAUUUGACAAAGUGUCAGAAGUCAUUCUCAGAGUCCAUACAAACCUUCUCAUGGCUUUAGAUGAUAAAGCGCAUGUUAGUAGUAAGACUGUGUAACAGUUUAGUAAGUGGAUUGUAAAUGAGAAAGUUGUAGGGCUACAAAUUUAUCAAUGGGUUUUGGGAUACUGUUAAAUAUCUUUUGGUGUAAUGCUUUUGGUUAGUGAAGAAAAUUUGGGCCUCUGUUAUCUAUAGAGGGUUACACUUGACAGGGAUAUAUUACAGUUCGUUGGAAAUUUGGUGCCAGUAAGGUGCAGAUUAAGAAUUGAAUACUAUUUUGAGAGUUAUCAUAACCAAUUUAUUUUUAAGUGUAUGCUGCCAGAACCUACGUACUGGUGCAUAUAUUUUUUGGUUCGUAAACAGCAUUGGUUACAGUCCUUACAAUCCAUUUAUAUCUUUUGAAAGUAACUUGUGCCUUAUUGUUACCAUUUGAUAUUUACAUAUUUAUUGCCAUAUUAUAUGUAUUGAUGUAUUUAAACUCAUUUGCAUAAGGUAGGUAAUUUAAAGAAUUAGUUCAUGUAGUGUUAUUGGCACCUAGUACACUUCAGUGGUCACUUUCUGGAAGAACAAUAAGAUCACUGUGUAAGAUGUGUAAAUACAUUUUUAGGUGUGAAGCAAAUUAUUAUUUUUAUCAAUAAAAUGAGUCUGUUCUUACAGGAAAUUAAAUUUGACAGAUUUUGAUAUGAAAUCAUUCAUAAACAGUUUCAUUGCGUAAUUUGUUGACACUGUUGCUCAAUACUGUUACAUACAUGUCACACUUUAUUAGUGGAAUGAUCAGUUUUGUAUUGUCAUAAAAAUGUGCAUGGUGUUGUGAAUAAUUGUGCUGGUGUAGUUGGGAUAUUGUGUAGAUGAACACCAAUGCUUUUUGAAGAGAAGUUUUGUGAUGUUAAACUACAUUAUCCCAUGCUGUUCUAGAAGUGAGAAGAGAUAAGAAGGGAAUUUCGGGAUCUGGUUUAAUCUAAUGUUUUGUAAGUUGGUUUCUUGAUCUCAUUUCAUGCCUUCUUUACUGCUCCAAUUGAAAAAAUAAUAAAAAACAUUUUUGUAAUAUUCUGUACACCAUAAGACAAAUAAAUUUCUUUCUCCCAAA